UAAAAGUAAACCAUGAUUAAAUGCCGAUUCCUCUAUCACCGGAUUUGUGCUACAAAUCUCAAAUAUGUCAAUAUGUGUUUUUUCAACUUCAUUUUCAAAGUGAUCUCAAUGCUUUGAAGUGAUUGGAGGAAGGAUUCUGCUGCCUUUUUCCUUUUCACCGUCUUCUUUAAAGCUUUUCUUUUGCAUUCUUCAGAGCUGCAUAUUGUUUAUGAUUGUUGCCUCCAUGGUGGUCAGGCAAGGAUGCAGUUGAUAGCGGGAGAAAAGUAAAAAUGAAGUAUGAAGAUAUUCUCAAAUUGCUUGGUAAGGCUUGGCCAUAUCUAAAGCUACUACUGAAACAGCUUCGGUCUUACGAAAGCAGAGUUCGAGAACUAGACAAAAAUGUUAAGAAGUUGCGGAAAGAGGAGAAAAUCGUGCAAAAUAAAGUUAGAGAGGAAGAGCGACAUGCGAAAGCUAUCGACGAUAAUGUCAUUGAAUGGCUAAAGAAGGUAAAAAGGGUGAUUUCCGAGUAUGAAAAUUUCUGUGAAGAUGAAGAUUGUGCAUAUGCCGUGUUUUCCGAUGGUUACCUUCCUAAACCGGCAAUAAGGUAUAAUCUAAGCGUAACAGUUAUUGAUAUUACAAAGAAGGUUAAUGAACUACUGCAGAGCGCGAAGCAUGUUAAUUUUUCCUAUUGGUUGGGCCCACCAUCCUUUGAUGCUGAUUUUGACAACAUUAGGUAUGAAGAAUUUGAAUCAAGAAAAGAAACUAUGGAUGAUAUUAAGGCAGCAUUGGAAGACUCGAAUUUUGGAGUGAUUGGAGUUUAUGGGUGGAGUGGUGUGGGCAAGACUAGUUUAAUCAAAGAGGUUGCCAAGAGAGUAAAAGGGUUCGAUGUGGUGAUUAUGGUGAACAUAAGUCAUCCCGACAUACGAAGUAUUCAAGGACAAAUUGCUGACAGGUUGGGGAUGAAAUUGGAAGAGGAAUCUGAGAGUGGAAGAGCAGCUCGGUUACGGGAGAGAUUAAAGAAUCCAAAGGAGAAAACCCUUGUAAUCCUAGAUAACAUGAGGGUGAAACUGGACUUCAACAUGGUGGGAAUUCCAUUAGAGAACAAUUCUCAUACUAGUUACAAAGGAUGUAAAGUUUUGAUGAUUUCCGACAGUGAACCACUUCUGAUAAGCCAGACGGGCGAGAAAGGAAUUCAGACAUUUUGUGUACAAGCAUUAACAGAAAAGGAGGCAGAGAUGAUGUUUAAGAACAUGGCUAAAAUAGGUGAUGGAAAUUCUACGUUUGAAACAUUAGCAACUAAAAUUGCCAAGGAGUGUAAGGGGUUGCCCAUGGUAAUUGUAACAACUGCAAAUGCAUUAAAAGGGAAGAGCUCUCUAAUAUGGGAUGAUACACAUGGGAAGCUUCAAAGGCAAAACUUAACAGCAA